CUUUCCCGCGCCGGCCGCCCGUGUAUGAAUGUGCUGAUCUUGUGUGCUGAUGAGUGACUCGCGUAGUGCUUCCACUGCGUUGUUUCUUUCGCCAAAAUGGGCGACGUCUUCUGCCUCGUCAUAUUACAAAACGGCAAUCGGCGAAAGCUGAAGCUGGCGACGGGUACCUACACCGAGUUCCUGGAGAAACUGACGGCAAUCGUGGAUGUCGAUCGCGAAAACACGCUGAUUCAGAUGUUUGACACCGACCUGGACGACUUCGUCGACCUUGUGCCUGAAGACGAAAUUCCAAACAAAGCAAAGCUACGCGUUGUCUCAAGGAGUGUUUCAGUUCUAUGCAAUGCAGCAGUGGCUACUGGUGGUCAGAAAGUUGCGCCCUCUUGUCCACAAAAUCCUUGUGCAAUCCAGCCGGCAUCAAUCCACAAACAAGGGGAAGUUUCGUUGCAAGCAUGUGAAGCUGGAAUUCUAGAGGUCGGCAGCGAUGCGAUAGAGACAUCACAACCAGUGCUGAUCCUGACACAAAUUGAAGACGCACCGUCUGCACUUCUGUCCUACAAGCAAGUGAGCGGCAGUGAUGAGAUGCAAGUUGAUAACACUGCCAUAAGCCACACGUCAAUGCACGACAGCGAUGACUCUGUCAACUUCGUGCUGCCUCCAUCCUUCGGCAUCUGGUGCGACACUUUUUUGCGGAGCAAGCGGCCAGUCACUGCAAAAGUCAAGACGCACAUCAUCUCUGUUCUCUGCAAGGCUUGCUACAGGAUGACUCCAUAUCCAACACCAAGGUUGUACAACCAGGUACUUGACUCACUGGUGGCAAAGUACCCACACGUGAUGGAAGGAAAGUACAACAGGCGCCGCUGGUUGAUCGCCCUGAGGAGCUGGUUCAAAAGUGAACGCGAGAACCUCACAGUGGCUUCAGCUGCUGUGGUCGAAGCGCAGGAAACGUCUGGAAUCGACCUGUUGCAGGCCGAUGCCGACGACGAGCACACCUACGCUCACGCACAGCAUGCGCUUGCCAACAAGAAGACGCCAUCGAGUUCAUCGGCCAAUUCGUGUGGCUCCGAGGACAAGUCAAUCCAGGAGGAGCAUCUCAGUGAGUUCAUGAACACGUCUGCUCACGCCGCUGAGGCCAAUAUAGCCGGUGAUUCAGAAGCCACGCCUUUGGACUCCGUGGUGGCGUGCCCUGUGUCAGACCCGACGGAAUGUCUGGAGAUGAGCGAACACUUUGAGGACGAUGAGGAAUUGAUUGAUUGCCCGGACCGUUCCGACGCCGCGCUGGAGGAUGUCACCGUGUCCAGCCUGCUCGGAAUGUGCACUGAUGAAAAAGCGUCGGAGGCACUGAUGGCACAGCUAGAGAGUCGGGCUUCUCUGGACGAUAGUGAAAGCUGUGAUGAACCAACGGAGGAAGUCAGGCACUCAAAAAGCGAACAAAUCAAAGGAGCCAUGGGUGGUGUGUUUCAGAAAAAUCCACGCGUGUCAAAUGGCAAAAGAAAAGCAGGAAAGAUCGUUUUGAAGGACUGCGUGGAGCUGGAAGAAGAAACUUCUGAAGGAAACGUGAAUGGGCUCCCCCUUAAUGACAAAGUUGUAAUUGGCACUGAAGGGGUUCCAGCAGCUUCACCUACCACUGCUCUUCCAGGCACUUUACAGGGCCACAGUAGUUCGACGGAUUCCUCUGAAAGUGGAAAACGAUACGAGAGUUUUUCGUUGAACUUUGAAAACUUGCCAGAGCAUAUUCAAAAGGGUCUUACAGCCCAAAAACCACUUCCCCCUACAGAAAGAAGGGCACUGGUACGAUGUGUAGUGGAACAACUGACAGAAGUGUGCUCCAGGCCGACACGGAACUUGAUUCGAGAGGCAGCCAUGGAGGUCGUACAGGCCUUUCCCGAUGCCCUUGAGGACCGUGGGCUAGAUGGUGAACUGCUUGGGAGAGGAUACGAUUCUUUUCAUCAACAACUCAAAUCCCAUGCCGAUAACGUCGCUCUGAGAAGACCAACCGUCUCACCAGGCACUUCACAGGGGCACAGAAGUUCAAAGUAUUCAUCUAAAAGGGAAAGACAAUAUGGGAAGUUUUCGUUUCGCUUUGAAUACUUGCCAGAACCUGUUCGAAAGGCUCUUAAAGCCAAGGGACCGCUUCCUAUUAGAGAAAGGAGGGAAUUGGUACGAUGUGUAGUUGAACAGCUGAGAACAGUGUGCUCCAGGCCUGGAUGGGGCAUGCUUCGAGAGGCAGCCAGCGCGGUUGUACAGGCCUUUCCUGACGCCCUUGAGGACCGCGGCCCAAACGGUAAACCGCUUGGAAAAGGAUACGACUCUUUUUAUCUACAACUAAGACGCCGUGCUGAAAACAUCGCUUGGGGUAAAGUAACCGGAACCAUCAUACCAGAUGUGCAGUGGCGCAGCAGAAAGCCAGUCGAGGAUUCGUAUGGCUGCGUUAACUGGCAGCCUGUGAGGAACUCGGAGCCACCAGAGGGCAUCGAUGACAAGAUUCAAUUUUUAAAACGAGAGGGGACGAAAAGCCUGGAAGAGAUUGAUGUGCCACUUUGUAAUGACUACAUGGAGGAAACGUAUCCAGAACAGAGAAGUUUCAUAAACGCAGAUCCUGCUCCCUGCAUUUCCAAGGUGAAGGAAGAAUGGCCCAUGCUUCUUCAACGGCCGUUCUUCUAUAAGCACGGGAACAAGCUGCUCGCCAAGGACGUCAAGGCUAUAUUUGAUCAAAAAGUGUCAUCAUGCGCACCACCACUCGCUCAGUACUUCAAGUCGAUCCCGAAGGUAGAAGUCGUGUACAGUAUGACGAUCCUGCAAGAGGUGACAAAAGAAGGCAACGCGAAAGCAGUGGAGGAAGCUGUGCUGUCCCUUCUGUGCGCAUAUUUCAAAGAAGAUGACAGGCAUCUCUUUCGUGUCUUUGAAGAGGGAACGAACAUCACAGAAAUACUCCAUGAGCUGCCAUGCACCCCUACUAUCGUUGCACUUGGAAGCAUUUUCCAGAAGAAAUGUUUUGUGACCUGCGAACAGCAGAUCCUUUUUACAGAGCCUGUAGACUUUUCAGAGGCGACCUGCCUUUUACUUCUGAGCUACUAUGUCUUCAACUUACCCUACGCAGAUCGUGUUGCCACAACUCUGGAAUUUCUUCAGAGGGAGAUGUUCACCAUCAACCCGCCUAGAGGCAGCAAAUGCAGGGACGCACGAAUGUCUAGGAGAGCCGUGAGCAGUAAGAUAAUGACUCUGGUGAAUCACUUGCGGCAUAGGACUGAAGCUGUGAGCCCGGGUGUGAGCAGUCAAGUCGAAAUAAACUAGCUGUGUUGUGUUCAGAGUGGCCCGAUGUUCACUGUU